AUGGAUUCUGCAUCAGGUGGAGGCGGACCGCCCGACCCGAACGCCAGCAGCGGCGAGGGUCCGUCGUCUUCGUCAAGGUCCGCAGCCCCGGCGGCUACUCCUGUAGCUGCCGAGCCCUCGUCAGCAUCUCCGGCUCCGCCGAGCCGCUACGAGUCGCAGAAGCGGCGGGACUGGAACACCUUCCUGCAGUACCUCAAGAACCACAAGCCUCCGCUCACGUUGGCCCGCUGCAGUGGGGCCCACGUCAUCGAGUUCCUUAAGUACCUCGACCAGUUUGGGAAGACUAAAGUCCACGCCGCCGGCUGCCCCUACUUCGGACACCAGAACCCUCCCGCCCCGUGCGCCUGCCCGCUCAAGCAGGCGUGGGGCAGCCUCGACGCGCUCAUCGGACGGCUGAGGGCGGCGUACGAGGAGAACGGGGGACGGCCAGAGUCAAACCCCUUCGGCGCUCGAGCGGUGAGGAUUUAUUUGAGGGAGGUGAGGGAGGGACAGGCUAAGGCAAGAGGAAUUCCCUACGAGAAAAGGAAACGAAAACGGCCGACGGUCACUGCCACUGCGGUUGUCGGGAAUGUGUCGGUAGCGUCCACUCAAGGUGGCGGUGUUGAUGGUGAUGGCGGUGGCGGUGGCGGUGUUGAUGGUGGCAGUUCAAGUAAAACCGUUGCUGCUGCUGCUACUAGUACUGCAGUAUAGGUUUCUCUCAUCACUAAUUUCCAUCUCUUUUUUUUUUUUCUUCUCAAUUUUUAAUUUUUAAUCCUUCUAUAUAUUUAUAUCAUCUCUGUCCUUUUUAAUUGUGAUUAUGAGCUAUGUAUAUCAGGCGAUUCUCUUAUAAUUGAAUCGACCAACCCCAUGAACAAAAAAUUUAGGAAUUUAUAUCCCUUGCUAGUUAA